AUGUAUUUAACUCCUUUAGAUCAGAUAAAAACUGUGGAAAUCAUUCCAAUUCCAUUCCUUGUGAUCAAAUCUUUGAUUGUAUCACCAUCUAUAUUGCAAAAUGUGAAAAUAUUUAUCAAUCUAUGCCAUUCAGAUAAAACCCCUGAACCUAAAACCCCGUUUAAUCCAUUAACCACAUUCACACAAAUUAUGAAUAAUGAGUGGGAGAUCCCAAUAAUUACAUCUCCACAGAGAUGGGAUCAUGAUAAGAAGGGACAAAAAUGUCUUGUUUACGAUUGUAUAAUAAACUCUAAAUGCUGUGAUGAUUUAAACAAUGUCGAUGCAUUAAAACAAAUCUUGAUUGAAUGGUGUAUUGAAAGUUGUGAAUUAUCUGACAAUUUAAUAAUAAAUAGAGAGCAACUCAAAUUUCCUAAAUUAAAAUAUAAAGGACCAGAUGGUCCUGUUCCAUUGGAGUUCAAAACCUCUUUAACUGAUAAUACUUAUGAUUCAACAAAUGUUGAGCCUUUAGAUAACACUUUUACACAGUGGAAGAAUGACCUUUUAUUUCAACAAGAAUUAGAAGAUGAAAGAAACUCAUUGAAAACUUUGUUUCCUCAACAAGAGAAAACUAAUAUAAUUCCUUCAAAUCCAUUAAUACAAGAAAUUUCAACUUCUGAAGAAAUAGCUUUAAAACGAAACCAGUCCCGAUCACCAAUAAAGAUUUCACCUAAGAAAAAAUUAAAAUUGACAUAUUCUGUGUCAAUGAGAAAGACGUUUAACACUGAGACAUGGAAACUAAGAAUUGAGAUUGAUAUAUUAAAUGAGAACAACAAUUCAAUAAAUCUAAUAGAUGUGUCUUUGUUCCAUAGUCAAUACGAUCCAACCGGUAACAAUUUAAAAAUAUAUAACGACGAAACAUCAGACCUCAAACCAAAUGAAAUCAUUAUCCCUUUACCUAAUUUAUAUGAAUCAAUGACCACUUAUGUUGAAAAAAGUAAAUUAUUUUUCCUCAAAGAUAAAUCAAAAUUGAUUAUCUUUAUAUAA